CUCUUACGGCGGCUUUGGUUGGCUUUGUAAUUAUCUCUUAACCAAAGAUUUGAUUUUGAGAGAGACCAAAGAUGGGUCAGGUUCCAAGUCACGCAGCAGCAGCAGCCGAAGCAGUGGAUGAGGUUCCCUCUGCUUCUUCUACUUCUUCUUCGGCUUCCUCGUCUUCCUCGUCUUCCUUCUCCAUGGAAUCUGUCAUUGCUGAAGCUGCAGCAUAUGGCAAUGAUGGAAAUGAGUCUCUUGAUGCCAAGGCUCAGAAAGCAUUAGAAUGCCCAUGCAUAGCUGAUUUGCGAAGUGGCCCAUGUGGGGCUCAGUUUUCAGAGGCAUUCCUCUGUUUUCUCAAGAGUACUGCUGAAGAAAAGGGCUCAGACUGUGUGAAUCCAUUUGUGGCUUUGCAGAACUGUAUCAAAGCUAAUCCCGAUGCGUUUUCUAAAGAUGUUUUAGAAGAAGAUGAAGUCAAGAAUGAACAAGAGGAGAACCAGCAGUUGAGAAUAAUCCCACCUCUAUGGACCAAGGAAUCUCAAACACCAAAAUCCAAACUUUGAGAGAUCCAAGCCAUUUGCUUUCCUUCUCUCAACUUAGUUUUUCUGUCCGUCUCUUCCUCCCUUUCAUCCUUUCGUUUUUUAUACUUUUUUUUUUUUUUUUUUCUUAUUCUUUUACAUAGGCAGAAACUAAUUUGUUAGUUUGAUAAACAGAAUUGGCAUUGUAAACACAUUUUCAUAGUUCACUGAGAUUAAAAAAUGAAUGGUGAACUUCUACAGACAUGGUUUAGGAAGAUACUCUGUGGAAGGAAAUUGGAUACAAUGCAACCAAGUAGAUAACAGAAACAAAUUUUAUUUUAUUUUAGUUUAUUUUUCAUUUUUCA